AUGAGAAGGGCAUCGCCUAGGGCACGAUCUGCCGGACCAACGAGGGAUCAGUCGGAAGCGGCUGCACCCGGUGCAGCCCUAGACGAGUACGUUUCUAGUUUACGGGGAGCACGCGCUCCAGAUGGCGACGGGGCGCUACAGCGGGAAAUCGAUACCCUAGCGUCGCUGAUCCAGUCAAGCAGUUACCGACAGGGUGGCAAUGGGAACGGAGUGGGAGCAUCGUUGCUUUCCGUGCCACUGAGCACGUCAUCCAGUGCGAGCGCCCUCGCCGGUCGCCAGGGUGCAGCACAGACGCCAGUCGCGGUGGCGAGUGCGGCAAGCAUCGGGACAGCAGCCCGAGCCGGUGCAGGCGAACGAGCAGCAUCGACUGGUGCAGGUACGUCACCACCACUGCCGCCACCGCCGCUAACAACAGCAACGAUAACGGCGCCUUCGGGGGCAACACCAGCAGCGAACCCGAACUCGAGUCGAACGCCGCAGCAGCGCCAGUCGGAGCUCUUCCUCGCCCAACGCUUUGCGCGUUACUUCAUGGGACGACUCUUAGAGCAUAUGCGUGGACGUCAGGCUUCUUUGAAUAGCCUGGAUGCAUCGCAGUUGAAUGUCUUCAAUUCGUAUCGACGGGCGAUUCGUGAUAAGCUCUGCGAACUCGCCGAGGAUCGUACAGACUAUCAUUCAUUUCGGAGAGCACUGCGGGAACUCUUUCACCGAGCGACGGAUGGUGCUGUGCCGGAUCUCUGGGGCGACUUUGUGCGCUUCUGCACUGCACCGCGGCAGGCACCUGCAGCAUCGACUUCAGGGACGGCUGGGUCGGCAACUGGAGACGCUCCCGCACCUGCAUCACGAACGGAGCCACCAAGCGCUGAUCCAGUAACGAGCCGAACGGGCAUGCCGGCAGCUGUCGUCGGGAGCGAGGUCACUGCGCUUCCCAAAACGCACCCUACUCCCUCGGGCACGCGCCCCGGAGGAGCCAGCGCUGAGCGACGAUCCAUGCCAGGCUCCAGGCCGGUGCCGAGUGCGAACUCACUACCCUACGCGCAGUCGUUGCAGAGUGCUCGCGAGGCGGGCGGAGUUGUUGGUGGAGCAUCCCUCGCUUCGCAACGCCAUGCAGCAGCCGGCGCUGGCCCUAUGAUUGCAAUCGAAAGCGCUGUAUCGUCGGCAGCAGCAGCAGGUACUCAGACAAGGGAGCAUGAUGAUGACGAUGAAGAUAAUGCCGCCAAUGAACCAGACGGAAGUGCUGCAAGCCCUGGGCCUGAAGAUACUGGCAACGACGAUGACGACGAUGUAGAGCGUCUCGUCAAGGUAGACUUGGAACGAGAACGAGCUCUUCUGGAACAGGAGAAUGUUGUCACUGCGGUCGUAGACGCCGCACCGGAAUCGUUUCUCCUCGAUCAGCAAGCGUUAACAGCGCGUUUCCUGGAGGCGCUCCAGAGACACGGGAACCUGCGGGCAGCCAAGUCAUGCCUUGCCCUGCUCAGUCAGGCCGCAGAGACGCGACUGCGGCAAGUGCUCGAGCGCACGCUCCAGUGGACAGCAGCUAGGCGCCAGGCAUAUCCCCGAUACGCGCUGACUCUGGUUGUACCCGAAUCAUCUGUACGACGUGUGCUGGCACAGCAGCGCAAGAAACUCUUGGAAGAGCGAGCUCGAAAGCGAUAUGCGCUGAACCUGCCAGACGAGGGUGAGAACGCCGAUACUGGAGUCCAGCUCCAUCACCGUCGGCUUGCGUUGGAGCAAGCUCGUCAACGGGAAAAAGUCCAGGAGACCAAUGUGGCGCUGAGUGGAAUGCUCGCUGCACUGACUGCAGCUCGCCGAAAGCGUCCUGUUCCAACGCGUACGCGUCCCUCUACAACCGAUUACGAACGAGCAGACGCCAACGAUGGCACCACAGCGGAGCCAGACUGGGAGUCGGAGCGUCGUACCAAACCACGGCUGGCUGCGCGGCAGCACGCAAGCACAGCACCAGAAGCGUCGGCUGCGUCUUCGACGUUGCCACGUGGGAUGAGCGCAUACUCGACAAUUCAGCUGCGGGAUGCUAUUCGGGCGUUAGCUGCGGACCCGCUCGCUCGAAAAUCUCGUCUCCUGGAAAGAUGGGCGAUGCGUAUCCAGAAAAACGUGUCCAAUGUGUGA